CCUAGCCUUCCCUCCACUUGUGGAAACAUGAUCGCCAAACUAUUCUUCUGCUUACCUGUGCGGCGCAACCUCUUUCUCAAAAUCCCAACUCUUUUUCGCUUGAAUUUCUCAAUUCUUGCAGAGAGUAAUGUUAGCAACGGCAAUGCCACUUCAGAAAAUCUCUUUCUGCACUUCGUUACCAUCAGAUUUAACAUAUCUUCAGCUGACGCCGCAAAAAUGUUGAAAAGGGCGCCCUCGCUUGAGCGGCUUAAAACGCUGGGUAAUAUUGAAAAGCUCGUGUCCAUAGUCAACAGACAUGGCUGCAACGAAGAUGAAAUUGCAAACAUAAUCAGAUCUGAUCCCAGGCUUAUGUUGAUCAGUGCAGAAAGACUGGUGGAUCCCAGGAUUCAAGCGCUGAAAGAUUCUGGCAUUGAGAGCAAAAUUAUAACCAGGUUCCCGGGGAUCUUGAAAUCUAAGCUGGAGAAUCUCCGCUCCACCCUUGAGCUUCUCAAGACUGUAUUCCCUACACAGGAUAUUCUGAUCAGAGCAAUUAGGAGAAACCCCUAUAUUCUUAGAAAGAACUUGCAGAAUUUGAAACUCUCGGUUGCCUUUUGGGAGGACUUUGGUAUUCGUUGAACAGAGCUUACCAAAUUUUUGCUGUUAAAUCCAUGGGUUUUGACGCACAGCUCUCUGAUGCCCGAGCAACUUGAUCUUAUUCGUAAGAUUGGCAUUCACAAGGAAAGCAAAAUGUACAAAUACGUUGUGAACAUUGUGGUCAACAACCGCAUCGAAGUAUUAGAGGCUAAGAUAGAGAACCUUCAGCUUUGCGGCCUCUCGCCUGAACAAGCCUUGGAAUUAGUUAGGGUUGACCCUUCAGUCCUCAACAAGUCGGAGGAAAACAUUAAGAAAAAAAUGGACUUUAUUCUGAAUCAAAUGGAACUCUCUGUAGACUUUGUGGUUAAGCAUGCAUGCAUGCUGUCAAUGAGUUUUGAGAAGGUAAUAAGGCCCAGGUUUUUAGUUGUGCAAACUAUGACAGCGAUGAAUGGAGCGGGGGAGGUUAAGCCGACGCGAAUUGGUACCGUAUUGAAGAUGACCGAGGCCAAGUUUGUUGCCCAGAUCAUACAAGGGCACCCUGAAUCCGCUGUUCUAUGGACUGUUUAUAAAAAUGCCAUCGCUAAUGUCUCAGAAAUCUCAAAGAUAAAAAGCUUUGUUAGCAUUUGAUGUUUAUUGAUUUGUUAAGCCCAUGAGAUUUGAGUUUGAAAAACCAUCUCAAUACUUAGGAAAGCCCAUCCCAUGUGAAAUGGUGGCGAUCCUGACCCUGUUCUUUCUGAGACCAGAAAUUUCGGAGAAACUGUGGAAUGCAAUUUACUUCACUUGUUGCUCCGAUGCACAAACUGUUGCCCAUGAUUUGGGAUUGUAUUUACACUGGUAAUCAAGGUAUGCUUCUAAAUUGUUAGAUUUCUGUAAUGACCAUCUAUGAAGUUAUAUAUUAAAUUCUAGCAAAUAGAACUA